UUCUCGUGUGGUGUGUGCAGUAGUCGAUACAUUCUCUCAACUCUCGCAUCUCGCAUCUCGCGUUCACUAUGCCACCAAAGACCAGCGGCAAGGCGGCCAAGAAGUCCGGCAAGGCACAGAAGAACAUAUCCAAAUCGGACAAAAAGAAAAAGAAGCACAAGAGGAAGGAGAGCUACGCCAUUUACAUCUACAAGGUGCUCAAGCAGGUGCAUCCCGACACCGGUAUCUCUUCGAAGGCGAUGUCAAUCAUGAACUCGUUCGUGAACGACAUCUUCGAGAGGAUCGCGGCUGAGGCGUCUCGUCUCGCUCACUACAACAAGCGUUCGACGAUCACGUCCCGCGAGGUGCAGACCUCCGUGAGGCUCCUGCUGCCCGGCGAGCUCGCCAAGCACGCCGUCAGCGAGGGCACCAAGGCCGUCACCAAGUACACCAGCUCCAAGUGAGCGUCGCGGCGGGGUGGGACAACGGCGGUGACGUACGCAACGUAGGAGACGAACACGUCAUCCAGACGCCGCGUCGUCUCAGCGCCGGCGAUUUCUCUUAUUAUAUUAUAUCAUAAUGAGAGCGAUUGACAAUAAUAAUCAUCAUCAUCAUCAUAGUACCAUCAAGUACCAACCAACCAACCAAACGGCCCUUUUCAGGGCCACAAUAUAUAUCCGAAGAGUCCGUAGAGACCACAUAGUAUCAACGACAAGCGUAAAAAACUAUAAAUAAAUAAAUAAAUAAAUACUCUCUAAAUACACCACAUAUCUAGUAAACAUUUGACAUAAAAUCUACCAUGAAAAUGUAUUAUUAAAUAACAUGUCGGCUUUAGUAGUUAACCUACACCUAUAAAGAAAAAUCAAAACAAAACACAUACAUUGUAUGUAUAUAAGUAUAAUUAUAUAUUAUGCAUGCAUAAAUGUUAUCCGCUGACCGACCGACCAGUGAUAAUAUAUAUUUAUUAUUAUGUUAUAAACAAUUUCAUUCAC